CAGCUGACAGCCCCCCCCCCGCGAGAGUCGGAGAGGAAGGGCGGGGAACUGGGCUUGGGCCGAGCGAGGCCGGUGACAUGAGGCGGCCUCGGCGGCCGGAGGAAAAAGGAGACGGUGGGCUUUAGCGAGAGUCGGCGGUUCCCCUUCACGGCGCGAUGUUCCGCCGCGCCAGGUUUAAUGUGAAGCCUAACGUGAGACCGGGGGCGGCGGCGGCGGCAGCGGCGGCGAGGGGCAGCAACCCCAGGGGCAGCCCCAGCCCCUCAGGCGGCGGCGCCGCGGCCCCGGACCCCGGUCCCCAGCCCGGCUCGGCAUCCGCCCCCUGCUCUUCCGAGGAUGCGGCUUCCUCGGCUCUCCCGUCGGGCGCUGCCGGAAACCUGCAGCAGGACGACGGUAGCAGCAGCAGCAGCCCCGAAGGAAAUGAAAAGACCAACGCUAGUGGUGAUGGAGAUUGUAGUAGACAUGCAGAGACACUUCUGCAGAGAAGAAAACGAAUAUCUACUAUGCCUAAUCUUGCUAAACCACGAGUUGCACCACUAUCCACACGUGUUGCCACUUCAGCAUCAAAAUGUUCUCAAAAGCAAGUACCUCAUUCUCCUGUUAUUUGUAACCCUCCACUUCAGAAGGACUUGCCGCCUUCUGAGAAGACCAAUGUGGAGAAUUCCCCGAAGUCUCCCAUACUUCCUGAAAAGAAAACUCCUGUUCCCCAAGUACCACAGUUCUCUCCAUUCAAAAAGUCUGUAAGUAAAGAGCCGAAUGCAUGUGUAACAGGUCAAAGAAGUGACGAAGCCCUGCAGAAGAACACAUCCUCACCCCUCAAAGAGAGACCAACGCAGGAAAGUCUGAUCCAAGAAGAAAUACCACACUCAAAAUGUAUUCCAGCCAAAGAGAAAAGAACAUUUUCCGAUCGUGAGAAAAUAGUCAAAGCUCAGAAGCUAAGGAAGAUGCUCAAGGAAGAGUUGAAGAAAGAGAAGCAACAACAGAAAUACAAAUACCCAGUAAUUGAAAAAAGCAUGCCAGAAGAUCGUUCAAAAAUGGUUAUGAGGGACUUCAUAUACUAUCUGCCUGAAAACAAUCCAAUGAAAUCUUCACUGGUGGAAGAAAAGAAAUCCGAAAAGCCUUCUACAGUGACUCAAGCAAAAGAGCCUGAAAUCAUUCUUGAAAGUGAAAAUGAGGAAGAUGAGGAUGAAGAAGAAGGGGGAGAUGAUGAUGAUGGCCCCCUUCUUGUACCUCGAGUAAAGGUUGCGGAAGAUGGUUCGAUUAUUCUCGAUGAAGAAAGCUUAACCGUAGAAGUUUUAAGGACAAAAGGGCAAUGUGUGGUAGAAGAUAAUGAUCCCAUCUUUGAGCGCGGAUCCACAACAACCUACUCAAGUUUCAGGAGAAGCUAUUAUACCAAGCCAUGGUCAGAAAAAGAAACAGACAUGUUCUUCUUAGCUAUAAGUAUGGUAGGAACUGACUUCUCAAUGAUUAGUCAGCUUUUUCCACACAGAGCAAGAACAGAGAUUAAGAAUAAAUUUAAACGUGAAGAAAAGGCCAAUGGAUGGCGAAUAGAUAAAGCAUUCAAAGAAAAAACACCAUUUGACUUUGAUUUCUUUACAAAACUCCUUGAGAAAGUCCUGGAAAAUGAAAAGAGAAAAAAGGAUAAGGAUGCUAAAUGUCAGCAUCAAAAAGAAAAAAAUCUGAAUGAGAAAAAAACACUCAAGAAAAAGCGAAAAGCUAAAGUUGUCAAUGGACAAGCAAACCAUGGUCAGGAUGAUCCGCAGAAUGCCAGAAUUUCUGAUGCGGAAAUGGAAGUGGAUGCUGGCACAGCCGAAAAAGAGAACGAAGAAUCUCCUAGCAUUUUGGAACAGGCAGACGGGCAGACACUUACUGAAUCAGUGAUGGUGAAAAAGAAGAGGAAAAGGAAGAAAAAAAAUUCUGAACAGGAGGCAGAGAAUCUUCCUGAUGAAAGAACUAUUUCUGCAGAAGUGGCUGAGGGAGACAAAACAAGAAAGAAAAGAAAAAAUCUAUCAUCUAAUGUGGAGAUAAAUGGCACGGAAGAAAUUGGUGAGGAACUGGAAGCCCCUGACGAAGAAACACCUGCUAAAACUCUUCCAUCUGUUGAAGAAGACCCACAGGUGGAUGAAGAGACAGAAGGAGACCUUGGUUCAACUUUAUCUGGUAUUCAGAAAGGUAAUGAAUUCCUAGACAUUGAUUCUGGAGAAGCAGAUGAUUCAGAUGCGAGUUCUGAGCACCAUGUUGUGCAGCCUUCGGAGUCUCAGAUGUCUCUCAAAACAAAUAAAGAAGGUUUUGAAGAAAACAGUGCAGCAAAGAAUGAAGUAGCAGACUUAGAUCAACCAGAUGAAAAUACAGCCUUUCCAAGUUGUAAUGAUGAGCUUAUGGAAACGGAUAGAGCAGCUAUUGAAAAGCCCACAUUGAAAGGACAGCUACAGAGACUUGCAUCAGAACUGUCAGAAGAAAGAGAACUUCCAGUUAAUGACACAUCUGAGGGCAAGAUUUCUCUUUCAGAGAUUCUGGUUGCUGCAGAAAAGAGUUCUGUGCAAGAUAAGACUGCCAACAUAACUGAACCUCCCACAGAGCAAACAGACAGAGCAAGCAAUGUUGUGGCAAAUGAAUCCCAAGACACUCAAAAAGGUCCUGUAGUGAGAGGCCGUCGGCAGAAACCUAAACCUAAUAUAUUGAAAGUGUCCAGCAGAAAAGAAGCACCUCUCCGGGACAAGCCUGAAAAGCCAGAGGCUGAAGAAACAGUAGGAAAGAACAAUGACCAGCAUGAUGCACUCAGUAUCAUCACAGAGGAGACUGCAGAAAAAGAUUGCCAAGUUUUAGAUACUGAAUCUCUGGCUAGUAGGAAAUCCACUUCACAAGAAAGUAGCAAGCAGGCUGUCUUGAAACCUGCACCAUUAGCAAGGGGACGAAUACAGAGGCCCAAGCCAAAUUUAGGAAGGGUUGCUAGAAAGUCAGAAGAGCCAGCAAGAAACAUGGAGGCAGAAGAAGGAAAGGCAACUGAUGCAGCCAUUGAAUCAUCUGAGAAGAUUCAGAUACAAGCUGAAUAUAACAGCCAUGAACUCCUAACUGUUACCACAGAGGCAGCUAGUUAUGAAGCUGACAUUCCCCACUGUAAUGUCUUAGAAGACAAAGCUGUUGCCAGUGCUGAGAAAGUGCUUUUGGCACACACAAGCCAAUCUCCUGUAAAGACACUCUUCGAAUGUGAGAGCCAUGAAUUUAAAAAUGCGUUUCCGUCAAGUAAUAAAGUGGAGGAUGUGCAGGAUCUUACUACCAGAGAUUCCAGUUUUGUACAAGAAGAAAAUGAAAAUUCUGCUGAAGUAGAGCCAUCUUUGAAAAGUCUAAAGGAGAACACAGAAAAGGGGGCAGAAACAGAGGAAUUUAUACAAGCAGAAAAAGAAAUGCUUACAAAUGAACAUAAGACUGACUCUAGAGAAAAUAUAAUGAGUGAAGGCAGCAAGUCCUCUCAUCUGGAUGAAACUAUAGCAUGCGUAAUCCUGCCACCGUCACUUUUGUCAGAGGGGAACUCUGCAGAUACUCAAGAAGCAGCUGCAACAAAUGAGACCCACUUGUCUCCCCCAAGCCAUUCUGACUUCAAAAGUAGUGAUCCAAAUGAAAUUUUAUCAUCCCCAGAUAUCCAAGAAAAGAUUACAGUUGGCAAACAGAGCACCGUUCAGCCAACACCUUUUCUUAGAGGCAGAUUCCAGAGACCGAAACCUAACAUAGGAAGGGCAGUUGGAAGGAAAGAAACACCAUCUCUAGGAAAUGAAGCAACAGCAGCAGCUGGAACUGAGAAAUCAGAACUGCAGAAACAUGGAGCUUCCAGAAUUCUCCCUGCAGGACCUCAGUUAAAGAGUGACAGGAAAAAAAUACCUGCUGAAAGCUUGGAGAACAGAUUGGUAGACAUGGAGAAAAUCAUUCAGGAAGACCCUCAAGCACCCAGUACCUCUCAGAAUAUUUCAGAUCAAUAUCCCAGGGAAAAACCAACUUCCCAAGAGAAUAAGCCAUGUACUAUCAAACCAGCUCAGCUGGUGAGAAGUCGAUUCCAGAGAGUCAGGCCGAACCUUGGAAGAAUGAAUGACAAGAAAGAAGACCCCGUGUCAGAGAGCAUUACUGCUCCAGUUGAGGGAGACAUAGGAAAAGCAGAGAUGACCAAGGAAAGCGAUCUGCACCCACCAUCAGAGGAUAAUGUCAAUGUUCAGGCAUCCCUUGGUGAUCUGGAGAAAAAAGAAGUGUCAGAAUCCAGUGAAGCCCCAUCACCCAAAAGGUAUAUUGAUCAGCAGAAAGUUGAUUGCCCUGAGAAGCCACAGGGAUGCGAACUUCCAAAAGACCAAAAAGAAAUGUUUGUUUCUAAAGAUGUUGAAGGAAAGUGUCUGGAUCCUCCAGAAAGGUAUGAUGUCUCUGGCGCUCAUGAAGAGAGUCUUUCAAAAAGCAUAAAAUCCACACUGCUGUUGAGGGGUCCUCUUCUGAAGCCAAAACCAAACCUAGCCCAAGCAGCUAAAAAGAAAAAAGCCUCUUCAAAAGGAGAAGUCAGCACCAAAGAGAAAACUGGAAGCGAUACACAAAGCAACACAACCCCAAGUGACAGCAAAUCUGGGAAAAUACCCACAUUAAUGCACUAUUCCACAUCAUCUUCUGAAUCAAGACAAAGAAAUCAUAUAGAUAGUAUUGAGACGAUGUCCCCAACAGGACACAGGCACUCUGGAAAAGGUUCUGAAGAAUCACAACAGCCCCCUUGGAGUGGAAGUCAAAUCAAGAAAGAAACCUCUAAGGCCCAUUCUGUCCAGGAGAGAGCAUCUGAAAGAAUAAAAGGAAAACAAGUGGGAAGGACAGUGAAACAGAGGAAAAACAUAAGUGGAUCAAUAACGUCUUUCACUUCCGAAUGUGAGAAUGACCUUAGUGAAAAGGGGAAACACUACCAAAAGGGGAAACCAAAUGUUGGUAGAGGCAGAAGUUCAAAACCAGUCCUUCGCAAGAAUGCUAAAAAGGAAUAUGGGAAUUCAAAGGUUAACCUGGUGACUCUUAGGGCUUCUUCUCAGCAAGAGGAUGAUGACGACGACGAUGAUGGGGAUGACUUUGAGCCAGACUAUGAAGUUGAAUGCUUUUCACCAGAGGAAGUAAACAAAGCUCCAGUGUUUGUUCCUAAAGGGCUUCGAUCUCCAAAUCCAGUUCCUGUUCAGAUUGAGGAAACAAUGGAAGAGCUUGAGAUAUAUGAGAAUGUUGCGGAUGAGCCAUUUUUGUCUCACGAACUGAAUGUAGAUGCUCAGCCUGUGAUUCAGAUAGAGAAAAGAUUGUAUUCCUCACAAAAUGUAAGUAUCUUGAUUUCCCUCUUUAUCACACCAUUCCAGUAUGGCAUGAUAACAGGCAAACCUGUAGGAAUGUGGAGCCUUGUUGUUUGUGCUGAUGCGGUUGCACAAGGUCAAGAAAAGAAAGCAGGGAUUAGUGAUGGAAGUACUGAAGCAGCCAUGACUUUACUUGCUAUGAGAGAUCCAGCAUUCCAGUUAAACAUUGGAAUCCAAGAACAAAAAAUUCAGGAGUUUCCCAGUAAAGAUGAAAUGAAUGUUACUGAUAGCUUCCCAAAUGAGUGUCAUGAAGAGCAAAGCAUAGUCCAUUGCCAUAUGCAACAUCCUGCCCCUUCAGAAAAUGAAUUGCUUUCUUCAGUCAAUGCACAAGUAACUGCUGCAGAGGAUCGUAUCGUUGAACCAUCAGGCUUGGAGGUUUACUUACAGGAAGCAACUAAUGUGUCACUUUCAAAAACUACAAAUACAGCUGCUGCACAGCAUUGCAGUACAUCGGUUUUGGAAGCAUGCUCAGAGGAAACAACUAGAAUCAGCAGUGAUUUACUAUCAUCCAAAGGAGAUAAAUCAUCCAAACAAGCAAGAUGCAGAUUUCCUAAGCCUAAACCAAAUCUUAACAGAAGUCUGAGGCUGAGCAAGAAUGCUUCUCAAAAAUAUGUUGAUUCGUGUAUUGAACAAUCUGAAGAAAUCCAGAAUGAAAAGAAGGUGUCAGACAAUGCAGUAGAAGAGCAGAAAGUUGAACUGGAAAAGAAUCACAAAUUGAAUGAGCUAACUAAGAGCAGCUCUGCAGAGAAACAUAAUCUACAGCUUCCAAGUUCUAGUCCUGUCAUGCAGAAAGACAACAUAGAAAGAGACAACACGGCGAGAGAGACUUGGGAAGUUGCAUCACUGUUAACUGCUUCAGAAGUUUCUCCAGAAGCAGACCCUCCUGAACCACCCGGUGGCUGCAGCACAAACAUCAGUGCCCAAGUUUCUGCUCCUGCUGAACACCAGUUGUUGGCAAUUAAACCUGCGCAGACUGAAGCAGCCAAGUGUUCCAGUAUUUCAUCCACCGCAGAGAUGACUGCAGUAGUUAGUGCUGGAGUUGAAGAAUAUCCGAAGGGAGAGGAGCCAACCUUCAUUUUAACAUUGGUGGAAAUUUCCGUUGGUCCAGAGAAUUGCAGUGACGGAUCCGGUUCGCUACAACAAACGUCUGAACAGCUGCUUCCAGCACCAGUUUUUUUUACUCCAGACAACCUGAACUCCACAGAAGUGGCAAGAGAAGAUAACUUUGGAUUCGUAACAGCUGCUGUUGAAGAAAAUGCUGUCUCUUUGGACAACACUGCAAAGGCAGAAGGAUUGCUGGAAGCCUCGUUGGAACAAUUGGCAGGGCUUGGUUCAACCUCUUGGCAGAAUCUGAAAAGGCAUGCUGAAGCCCUUGAAGAAAGUGGGAAUGCCCCCGAGAAGAAAAAACGGUCUUCUCCUAUAGGAGGAAACCUGGAAAGCACCAAUAAGGGCGCCUCUAUUAAAUCAAGUUGUAUACCAAGGAAAGCUGCUGGGAAAAAGUCAGGAAAAUUGAACAUUUCAAAGAAGAAGACCACCUCCACCUCUAGAUCAGUACCUAAAACUACAGAGCUAAAAGUAAUGGAAAGAGAGCACCCUCAAUCUUCUCUGAAUUUAGGGGCUGUGCUUCUUGAUGAAGCAGCCACUACAGGUGACCAAGUGUCAAGAACACGCCAUGCAAGAAAAUCAGAAACAAGUGAAAAACAGAAAAACUCAGUUGAAACCUGUAAAUCUGUACAAUCAGAGCAAGCUGGAGGCACAGCAGUCAUUCCAAAAACACAAUUAUCCAGGUCAUAUAAAAGAUCUCUGGGAUUUUUACCUUUAAUUUGCAAAAAUAAUAAUAAUGAUGAUGAAGUAACUAGUAAAGGAAGUAAACAGCCCCUCCAGGAACCUCAUAUAUUGGUUGCUGAAAACACUGUUGAAUUUCCAAAGCUGUCCUCAAACAACAAGGAAGAUACUCAAGAAAAUAGUUUGUUUCCAUCAACCUCCAACUGUGAGAAUGGAAGCUACUCUACUGUUCAGAUUUUAUCUGAGUUAUCUGAAAAUGAAGGCAUUUCUAAGGAGCAGGAAAAAGAAGAGGAGCCAACCAGGAUCUCAGAAUAUUUCUUUAGUGAUAUAUUUAUGGAGGUGGAUGAUUCAGAAUAACUGAGAUGCUUAUCAAAUGCCUAGCAUCCAAGAAUGCACUGUAGCAGUAAUGUAAUGCCUUUGACUAGUCACAGGUUUUCAGUUGGCCCUUACAUUUAAUGCAGAAUUAUUUUUCUUUUACUAUGAAUAAUCUAUCAUUUGGAAACAUUGAAGAAAACACAACUCUCUUAAGUUCCAAGAUACUCAGAAGAACAGCACCAGAUGUGUGUUUUAUUUUGGUACAAGUGGUUUCUAGAUGCAUGGCCAUGA